AUGAGAGUCCCCAUGAUGAAGGGAACGAAAAUCCAGGAGCAGCACGCAAGGGACUUGUGCCUGACCGUCUUGCUCGUUUUUGCGGGGUUGGCGAUGGUGGGCUACGUGGAGGACGACGAGAACGUGAUACUGCUACAGAACAGAGCGAUCAGCACUGCAUCGCAGCAAAGCUUUCUUCAUGACCUCAACAUGACCGACGGCGAAUGCUUGCAAGUGCUCAUACAAAUAUCCCCGGAGCUUGUGGGACCUCUCAGAGAGAACGAGAACGUGACGUUGGGCGGUUAUCUCAACCACAACGCCUUCACGAUGGUAUGCCCCCUUGGUGAGUGCAAGGAGUUGCAAGAAACCAAACAUGUCUGCUGGAUGGGAAGACGGCAUGCAUAUGACAAGUUGGGAUUUGACAUGCAAGAGCUCUCCCUGGCAGCCACGGCGACGUUCAAGAUUGUCUUGUUUGCAGGAGAAACAGGGAACCAGAAACGCUCUCGGUCCUGCCUUAGGGACUAUCGGACGUUUGCUAGGGAUCUUGAAAGGAUGGUGUCGACGUACGUUGGUGCAGGAGAGCACUUCAUCGUGCAGACCCUGGACCAUUCCAACAAUCUCAUCCUACAGUUGUCAGCUACUCGAGCGCAGGAGAUCAUCUUGCGGGUUGCUGAUCUGGUGGAGGUGGAUUGGAUUGAGCCAACGUGCGUUUACUUGGAGGAAGUUGCAGCGAACAUGUGA